AUGGUGGAUAAUAAUAUAUCCGAGACUUUCAACGGAUAUAUUUUGAAUGCUAGGGAAAAAUAUGUUAUGCACAUGUUGGAGGAGAUAAGAAUUAGUUUGAUGGUCAGGCAGGUUAAGAAAAUGACAGACAUUGAUAAGGUGGAGGAUACCUUGUGUCCAUUGAUUAGGAAAAAGCUAGAUAAGCUAUCUGCUGACUCAAAACAUUGCAUGCCUUACCCUGCAUUAGGUGGAAAAUUUGAAAUUCAUAUAGAAGGGGAUAAGUUUGUUGUUCAUGUUGAGAAUAGGACAUGCACUUGUAGAGUAUGGCAGACGGUUGGCAUCCCUUGCUUACAUGCCAUAGCUGCCAUUGAAUUCAUGGAACACGAUCCUGCAUCUUAUGUGAAUGAGUACUACACCAUUGAGCAAUACAAACAAGCCUACAGCUUUGGGUUGGAGCCACUGAAUGGGGAAAGGCUGUGGCCUCAGGUGGAGGGGUAUGUUGUGAAACCCCCUUCCAUUAGGAAGAUGCCAGGAAGGCCCAAGUUGAAGAGAAAGAGGGCAGCACAUGAAGUGGAUCCAGUCAACCCUAACAAGCUCAGAAGGCAUGGUCAAAAAAUCACUUGCAAGAACUGUGGUCAAGUUGGACAUAACUCGAGAGGAUGCAAAAACAAGACAGUAGUUAAAGUUCCAAAAGAUAAGGGAAAGCCAGGAAGGCCAAGAACAAGAAGCAAUCCCAAUGAAGCUGGUGCUUCAAACACUGAGGACAGGGAGGGAACUUCUUAA